GCAGAACGGAGGGGCUCGGGGCUCGCCUUCGACGGGGCUGCUGCUUGUAUCGGGGCGUGGGGAGGAACAGAGAAGGGCCCAAUAAGAAUAGGGCUGGAAUUGCUUUCCUUCCCUACAUUUCAUGAUUCUCCCCGUCCAUCGGAUCAGAGAAUUCAGGGAAGUGAACAAAAAUAUACCUUUGCCGGGAAGCAAACAUCCAGUACAAACCUUGUCCUGCUUUUUGUGAAGGCUGACUGCCACAAACAUGUCUGCAGUCUCUUUUGCCCGAUCAAAUACAACUCUGGAGGCGGAGAGCUCUGAAUCCAAUUUCAGAUUCAGGCUUGAGUCUCGGCAAACCGGAGAUGUGUUUACGAUUCCCUCACAAUCUGGAAAAGAUGUGGAAACAUCAGAUUCGGCCCAGGAGCAAAAUCUAUGGUUUGACAAAAACCCGUUUAAAAUCCCAUCAGAUGUUGAUAUCUUCUUAUUGCGGGACAAAUAUAGGGAAAAGGCAAAAGCGGAACGAGAAAAAAGGAAAACCCAGAAGGUCCACGAGAAGAUGACUUGCUCCACUCUGCAGAAUGCUAAGCAAUCUGGGUUCAAGAAAGAGAUUCAGCUGCAAGAAGAAGCUGAGGAUAAAGAGUUGGCAGCAGAAGCAGAGCGGCUCAAAGCUCUCCGAGAAAGCAUCUCCUGGAAGAUAGCAAUCACUAAAGAACAAGUUGUAGAAAGAGAGACCAUGCAUGACUACAUCAAUCAGAAACGGCAGAUGUUCUUGCUGCAGUAUGCUGUAACUGUAAAGAAAGAUGAAAUUCAGAAACUAGAAAAUCUCGCUAUUAAAGAAGAAGCCAACCUGGAAAAAGCAGAAGAAGAACUAGAGAGGGAUGCUGCCAUGUUUGAUGAGUUCCUGAAGGAGAAUGAUAGAAAUUCUGCCCAGGCCUUGAAAAUUGCUGAAAGAGAAACUAAAGCCAAACUUGAAAAAAUAAUUGAGAUCCGGGAACUGACUGCACAAAUGAUGAACAUCCAAAGUGAAAUAGCAAGGUUUGAGGACACACUUCAGGAGUAUGUGGUAUUUAAGGACUUCCUCUACCAGCUCUCUCCCAAAGAGUGGCGGGAAGAUUAUGAAAGACGGCGGAUGAGGGAUAAAGGGGGAAAAACAGUCCUUGGUACAACAGAAGACAAAUCUACACUGGCACCCCCAAAAGUUCAAGAAAAAGGCCGACGUCGAGGCAUGAGUAUAGCAAAACACUCCAGUUUUGACCAAUCUGCAUCAGACAUUAGCUCCUCCAGGACAGCAAGUCAGAUUUUGGGUAGAAAGGAUUCUAUGAAGAUAAGCCGAAGGUCUUCAAGGGGCACUGUCCGAUCAUCUCAAAGCAGAAAAUUGAGCGUUCUGAAUCCCCCAUCAGAAGAGAAGCUCAUUCAGGAGCUAAAUGAAGAGGAAGAGGAUGAGGAACCUGAAUUAUACUUCACAGAUCCACACCAAUUGUUACAUCUGUUCACUGAACUGGAAGAACAGAAUCUGUCCCUAAUUCAGAAUUCUCAAGAAACAGAGGAAACCAUGGAUGAGCUUCGACAUACUCUGACUAACACCCGGACUAAAAUGGACAAUGAAAUAGAACAGCUGAAACAGCUUACUGUCACUCUUCAGACCAACAUCAUUAAAGAAGAGGAGACUGCAGCAGAUCUAGAACUCAAAUCACGUGUGUUUUCCUUUGGAGAAUACAAAGCGGAAGUUCAGGACAAAAUGCUGGCAAGUUUGAAUAAAAAGGUGUUAGAAGUCUAUCGACGCUGCAUUGGCGCAAAUGAGGCAAACCUAGGAACCCUGCAGAUGCUAACGGUGAUAGAACACCAAUUAGAUGACUUGCUGGAGUGUCUGGAGAGGGUACCUGCAGCAAAAAUAGAACAAGCUGAGAAAGCCAAGGAAAAAGAAAGAAGGAUGAGAAUGAGGGAAGAAAAGAUACGGCAGCAGAGACAACUGCAGGAGGAGAGGCUGCAGCGGGCUCUGGCAAGAGCACAAGCAGAAGUUAAGAAAAAGACUGGCAGAAGAUUGAUUUUCCGUUCUGAGCCUCCUGCCUUCAGGGAGAAGGAAGAUGAUGAUCAAGGGCUCAUCGACAAGGAAAAGGAAGAGUUACUCUACUACUUUACUUAACAGCUCAAAGCUGCAAGAAGUUUUGAAGCAUACGGAAUGUGACAAAACUGAGUGGGAAGAUUUUGGUAGAUAGUGUGCAAAUUAUUUGAGAAAAAACCCUACACUUCCUUAAAAUUUCAUUUCCUAAUACCAGUUACACACUUCAAGUAGAUGAGAAGAGAAAGUGCUGAUCCUGUUUGAAUCAAAAUCCCUUCAUAGCGGGUUUUCAAAAUUGUUAAAGCAGUAGGAUCACAAAAGAAAGCAUCAGAAAGCUGAUUUGCACAUACUGUAUACUAAUUUUAGAACAAAAAAAAGAGGCAACAAUGGCAUGAUCAUAUUUCUUCUACCGAAUGUUGAAAGUCUCCAAAUUCGGAAAUCUUAGUGAGUCAAUCUUUUGAGGUCAAUAUGAAAAUGACACACAAUGAAACUGAAAUGGUGAAACUGGA